CCAAGAAGCUGUUCCACACAGCCGACCCUACAUGGCUCUUUUACAGAUACGAACAAUCAGAGGCAUAUCGACUUGUGGAGGAGCACUGAUCGAUCCCAACUUUGUUCUGACUGCUGCCCACUGCAGAGGCGGCUUGAGCACAGUGUCACUCUGACACCUGGCGUGCAGAUCAUUGGCAUUCCAAAGAAAAGAUCUUCCACCCUAGAUGGAACCAGCUGCUCUGUGGCAGGAUGGGGCACAACUGAUAACAAUGGGCCCACCAGCACGAAGCUGAUGGAAGUGAAUGUAACCAUUCAGGAUGUUAACACGUGUACAGCUGCCAAAAUCUACGACCUAAAAGAAACUGUGAUCUGUGCAAGAGGAGAUGGCAUCAAGGGGACCUGCUCUGGUGACUCUGGGGGUCCACUGGUCUGUUCUGUCAAUGGGAGAAAACCAAAAGCAGUUGGCAUUGUGUCUUUCCACCUGGCUAACAGUAAACGGUGCAAAGAUCCUAACCGUGAUAACAUCUACACAAAGGUAUCUGUCUUCCGGGACUGGAUUGACAGGAAUAUCAAGGCCAACUCUCCUGCUUGAUCAGACACUGUCUGAUACAAAGAAAAGACCACCAUGCUUGCAUUGUGUUCCUGUGCACUAAUCUGGCCUUCUCACUCCAGAAAUGGAGAGGUUACAGAGUGCAGGGUGGCCAUAUCAUUUUCCCCAAUUAGCCCCACCUAUCAAUGUAACUGCUUGCCUGCUUCAA